AUGAGUGGAUGGGAACGAACUCCAUCGUAUGCCCCUACCCCUGGUGACUUCGGCCGCGAACGUACGCCAUCCGUAUAUUGCCCCUCCCCCAACCAUACAUAUGGCGAACCUUCCACCCCAUUGCGUCGAACUGGCUCUGGUCGUCUCGGCUUCCUUGAUGAGGCUGAGUUCAACAGCGGAGGCACAUAUGACGAGGAUCAUCCUUCAUCUAUAUAUUAUCUUAUUGAGUGGAAAGUAACUCUCAAUAAUCGGUUCUUAGCCAAGGAUACCGAACAAGACUUGGUCUUUAGGCCCAGUUGGUACUGGCAACAGAUAAAAGAGAAGGCUGAACGUAUUGUGCAACGCAAAAAAACUCGUAAUCAACGAGUGCGGUCAGAUGAUACUACUAUUAUUGUGUCUGUAAAUGAUCGUUCACAACGUGAUCUUACUAAGCGCUUUGAAAACACAGAUAUUAAUUGGACAUCUGUAGAGAAGCAACUCUUACAGUGGGAAAAUUUAUUUCGUCAGGGCAAGAAGCUCAGACUUUUUAUAACCAUUAACUAUAUAGAGGACAGCAACCCAUCUCCCUCAAAAACUGACAAAAGAGGAACUACAUCAACAACCAACAGAAUGCUGCGUGACCUUGAUGAUCAAGUAAACGCUGAAGACUCUUCUGGACAACCUUCAGUUUGGCGGGACGUGUAUAGGAAAAUGCGUUGCCCUGGGCCGCCAUGUCACCACGAAGGACAGUACUGCUGGCUGGAUCCAGUGGGAAGAAAGCAUUACAAGUUAAGAACGCAUCAUAUGAGAGCCCUAGUUAAAUAUGUGCAACAAGGGGGAAUCCUUGAUACCCAUGACGACAUUCCCGAUACUAUCCGAGACCAGUUGUAUGCAGAAGAGCGGCAGCGAACCGAGAAACGACAGAAAGCCCUGGAUCGCUCCGCAAGUGGAUCAGUGUACCCUCCAAUUAAUAUUAAUGUCGGGCCGACUCAGGCAUCCAUAACUCCCCACAAUUACGCUGAAACCACUCCUUCUACUCAGGCUGAUUCCGUGGAUAUUCCUGGGCCAAUUGAAGUCGCGGUGGAAGAAUAUACCAAUUGGCAUCUAACACAAGUAAGCACCGAGAAUUUCAGGGAAAAUAUUCGGAAAGCGCGUGACGUAGUGUUGGAAAACUGCCUUGACCUUGGUCAGCUUCUUAACCCCAACAUUGGUCCCGACUUCUUCGUCAAAGAGGGUGUGAAAAUUGGUGUCGCCUACAGAUUUGUCAGCGAUACUAAGAAAUGGCUCAGCCAUCGUAAAAGCAAAAGGGCUGAGGACUAUGAGGACAUCUCGGAUUAG